UGAUCUCACUACCUGAGGAAAGCAACAUCAAGGGCACCGGAGUCACACGGAUCCCAAACCUGAGAACAGAGGAAUGUCAUUACCUCUGACACAAACCAAAGUCACAGCUCUCCCCUGCCUGAGUGGAUUAUACUGACUCUGCUCGGACAAAGUUCAGUACUUUUCAAAGAUGGCUGAGGCGCAUCAGGCGGUGGGCUUCCAGUUCACUGUGCGCCCAGAAGGUGUGGACCUUAAACUGAGUCAAGAGGUCAUCAAAAACAUCUACCUGUCUGGAGUGACGGCAUGGAAGAAGCGAGCCAUUCAAUUCAAGAAUGGUGUAUUAGCUGGAGUCUAUCCUGCCAGUCCGUCCAGCUGGCUGAUAGUUGUGAUUGCCAUGAUGAGUUCCUUGUAUAUCCGCAUAGACCCCUCGCUAGGAAUGAUUAAAGCGAUCCAGGAAAACCUACCGCACAGAGACUAUUUAUCAGUGCAGACCCGGGCGGUGCUGAGUGCCAUUCUGUUUGCCUCUGGAUUGUGGCUGUUCCUCAUCUACCUCUUGAGAUACAUGCUCAAAGCUCUGCUCUCCUACCACGGAUGGAUUUUUGAAUCCCAUGGAAAAAUGAGCACAUCCACCAAAGUGUGGCUGAGCCUCGUGAAGAUGUUUUCUGGACGCAGGCCGCUGCUCUACAGUUUUCAGGCCUCGCUGCCCAGGCUCCCUGUGCCCAGUGUGGAUGACACGAUUCAUAGGUACCUGGAGUCAGUCCGCCCUCUGCUAGACAGUGAUCAGUACAACCAAAUGGAAAUCUUGGCCAACGACUUUAAAGAUUCAAAAGCGGCCCAGCUGCAGAGGUACCUAAUCCUAAAAUCCUGGUGUGUGACGAACUAUGUUAGUGACUGGUGGGAGGAGUACAUCUACCUCAGGGGUAGGAGUCCCAUCAUGGUGAACAGUAACUUCUAUAUAAUGGACCUCUUGUACAUAACCCCAACACACCGACAGGCUGCUCGGGCGGGGAAUGUGGUUCAUGCCAUGCUGCAGUACAGGCGCAAACUGGAACGUGGUGAACAUGCACCGCUGAGAGCUCUGGGGACAGUUCCUAUGUGUUCCACUCAGAUGGAGAGGAUAUUUAACACUACGCGCAUCCCUGGGAUUGAAACCGAUAUUGUGCAGCACCUGACGGACCGUAAGCACCUGGUCGUCUACCACAAGGGCAGAUUCUUCCAACUGUGGCUGUACACUGGAGGGCGCCACCUCUUACCCAGUGAACUUGAAACACAGUUUCAAAGGAUCCUCAAUGACACGUCAGAGCCCCAGCCGGGAGAACUCAAAUUAGCUGCCCUCACUGCGGGACACCGAGUUCCAUGGGCUCGGUCUCGGAUUAAGUAUUUCGGGCAGGGAGUAAACAAAGUGUCCCUGGAUGCCAUUGAGUCUGCUGCCUUCUUCCUGACGCUAGAUGAUGAGCCGCAGGGCUAUGACCCUACCAAGACCAAGUCGCUUGACAGUUAUGCCAAGUCACUGCUUCAUGGAAAAUGUUAUGACCGGUGGUUUGACAAGUCGUUCACCUUGAUCUCUUAUCCAAACGGAAAAGUGGGUGUUAAUGCUGAACAUUCUUGGGCUGACGCACCGAUUGUAGGACAUAUGUGGGAGUAUGUUCUUGCAACAGACUGCUUCCAUCUUGGCUACACAGAGGAGGGACACUGUAAGGGGGAUGUGAACAAAGGUCUGCCUCAUCCCUCCCGACUACAGUGGCAAAUUCCAAACGAGUGCAAAGAGGUCAUUGAGACUUCCUACUUGUCAGCCAAGCUGAUCGCUGAUGACGUGGACUUCCACGGCUAUCUAUUUCAUGAGUUUGGGAAAGGACUGAUCAAGAAGUGCAGGAGCAGCCCGGAUGCCUUUAUUCAGUUGGCCCUGCAGCUGGCACAGUUCAGGGACCAGGGUGUGUUCUGUCUGACUUACGAGUCAUCAAUGACCCGUAUGUUCAGAGACGGUCGGACGGAGACGGUGCGCUCCUGCACUACAGAGGCAGUUGCAUUUGUCAGAGCCAUGGAGGAUGAGGGUGCAACAAAGGCCCAGAGACUUGCCCUGUUUCGGAAAGCAGCAGACAAGCAUCAAAACAUGUAUCGUCUGGCCAUGACUGGCUCUGGCAUCGACCGCCACCUCUUCUCUCUCUACUUAGUGUCCAAAUACCUUGGUGUUGACUCUCCGUUCCUUACGAAGGUGCUUUCAGAGCCUUGGAAGUUGUCUACCAGCCAGACUCCACAGCAGCAGCUCAAUUUAGUUGACAUCAACAAGUUCCCUAAAUUUGUGGGUGCCGGUGGUGGAUUUGGUCCAGUGGCUGAUGAUGGUUACGGUGUGUCUUAUAUAAUUGUUGGGGAAAACCUCAUCACAUUCCACAUCUCCAGCAAGUUCUCCAGCCCUGACACCAACUCAUGCAGGUUUGGUCAGCACAUUUGUGAUGCCAUGCUUGAUAUCCAAGCACUUUUCAAGGCUGAAAAUGAGAAGACGGUGGAACGCGUACAGCUGGGAAAUGGGAAAAAACACAAAUAACAUACAUUGUGAUGCGGAUAUUUAUUUCACAUACAGCAGGUCUCUGUGCCAUGCUAAAAUUAAUUUUGGGUGACAGAUUAUAUGAUCUGAUCAUCCCACUCAGUCAGAUUAAAGGUAUGGUUGUUACUUCUUAUAUUUCUAUUUUAUAUACCUUCCAGAUUUGUGUUAUUUUAGUGCUGAAGAAUAGAUCUCUUUUUUCUCUUUGGAGUCUGUUUAUGCCAUAGACUGAAGAAGCAAAUGUAAUACAUCUAAAUAUUAACCUCAUAUAUGGUCUAUGGUUUGUCUAAUGUGAAACUUGUAAAUAUAGAACUAUGGCUGAAUCUAUGAAUCAUUUGUUACAUUCAUAUAUUAUAUUAUACUUAAGAUUAGCCAACUGCAUCUUCCUUCUAAUUUUAUCAUGUAUCAAUAUUUAUUGUAAAAUUUGUUUUUUGAUUAAAAUGUUAAUUAUCCUGCAUUGAUCACAUCUCAAAAAGUAGCUUUCGUAUAGUUAUAGUUAUGUAAUAAUACUAAACUGGAGACCGUUAUUUUCCAUUUAUGAGGCAUUAACCAUUUUAAUGCAUAAAAACUUGACUAAGAACAACAAUCUAUUGUAAGAGGUGGAGUGAGGGUCAUAUUGUGCUCCUGAUGUUAAUUCGGACUUCUAGUGUAAACAAAACCAAUCUGGACAUUGAUCAGCUGGAAGCUUUAUAAGUGUUUGACAGACUGCUUGCAGCGACAUUGAGAGCAAAAUCACCUGCAC